AAAUGCUUGCUUGUGCACACUAGUCCUGGAAGGGCUGCUGUUUGCCUGAAAAGCUCCCUGAUGUCCUGCCUGCGGAAGCCUCAUUUAUCUCUCAGCUCAGGUAUAUUUGCAACAUUGCAGCAUAAAUGUGAAGUCUUCGUGAGCAAAAGAAUUGCUGGUUAAACAGGGAAGGAGCGGUCCUUUUUUUGAAUCUCAGGGCAAUCUGUUCUAAUUAAUCAACCCUACUAUUCCAUCUACACAUGGGGCCUGGAAGGUCAUGAGGCAUAAUGUUUGUGGUGACCAAAGUGGACGUGAGUGGCCAUUUUUAGCAGAGGUGUCUGCUGCCGCUGCUGCCAUGAGGACUCUCUGUGGCUCCUGAUUUGUACACAUUCUGCCUUGGAGGUCCCUGUCUUCUGGAGAUUGGGCUGAAGACUCCACUUUCUGAUUUGCCUCUCUUCUUCCUUCUGCUUGACUCAUCAUGGGAGGAUGUUUUUCCAAACCUAAGCCAGGACCGGAUAACUUGCACCCUACCGUUUUAAAAGAAUUGGCCGAGGAGCUCUCUGCGCCACUGAGGCUGAUUUUUAAUAAAUCUUGGAAUACUGAGGAUGUUCCAGAGGACUGGAAAAAAGCUGAAGCCAGUAUGUCAGUGUUUAAAAAGAGUAAACAGAAUUCACUGGUUGAAGUGAAAAUUGAAGUUGUGCUACCAGAAAAAGAGAGAGCCAAAGAGGAGAUGUCGCCCAAUGGGAAAGCCAGCCCCAUCAUCUACAAAGCCAAUGGGACUUCACGGCAUUAUCAACUGGAGGAGCACCCCAUUGCUAUGAACCCAUACCGGAACGUGAAGGAUGUAGUUGAAGCCUCAGUUUGCCAUGUAAAGGAUCUUGACAAUGGACAGAUGCGAGAGGUAGAUUUGGGCUGCGGGAAGGCCUUGUUAGUUAAAGAAAAUGGGGAAUUUUAUGCCUUGGGCCACAAAUGUCCUCAUUAUGGUGCCCCAUUGGUGAAAGGGGUUUUGUCCAAAGGACGGGUACGUUGUCCCUGGCAUGGGGCUUGCUUUAAUAUUGGCACGGGGGAUAUAGAAGACUUUCCUGGAUUGGACAGUUUGCCAAAGUUUCAGGUGAAGAUUGAGAAAGAGAAAGUGUACAUUCGAGCAAGCAAACAGGCUCUUCAGACGCAAAGACGGACCAAAGUGAUGGCCAAGUGCAUCUCCCUGAGCAACUACAACAUCAGCAGCACAAAUGUACUCAUCAUUGGGGCAGGUCCUGCUGGACUGGUUUGUGCCGAAACGUUACGGCAAGAAGGUUUCUCAGACAGAAUUGUAAUGUGCACAAUGGACAGACACUUGCCCUAUGACAGGCCCAAACUAAGUAAGUCAAUGGAUUGCCACCCAGAUCAGAUCGCUUUGAGACCCAAAGAAUUCUUCCGUAUGUAUGACAUUGAAGUCCUGACAGAAAUGCAGGUUGUGGCUGUAGAUAUCAAGAACAAGACUGCCGUCUUCAAGGAUGGAUUUAAGAUGGAGUAUAACAAACUAUUGCUUGCCACUGGAAGCACACCCAAGAGUCUUAACUGUAAAGGCAAAGAAGUGGAAAAUGUUUUUAAUGUCUGGACUCUGGAAGAUGCCAACCGAGUGGUAAAGUUGGCCACCAGCAAGAAUGCAGUCGUUGUGGGUGCUUCUUUCCUAGGGAUGGAGGUUGCGGCUUACCUGACUGAGAAGGCCCAUUCUGUCUCGGUGGUAGAGCUAGAAGAAAUCCCUUUCAAGAAGUUCUUUGGGGAGAAGGUUGGGCGAGCCAUCAUGAAAAUGUUUGAAAACAAUCGGGUGAAAUUCUAUAUGCAGACUGAAGUAUCAGAACUGAGGGAACAGGAUGGCAAGCUAAAGGAAGUUGUGCUGAAGAGCGGCAAGGUUCUCCGUGCUGAUGUCUGUGUCAUAGGCAUUGGUGCAACUCCAGCGACAGGCUUCCUGAAGCAGAGUGGAAUUAACUUGGAUUCCAAAGGCUUCAUUGUUGUAAAUAAGAUGAUGCAGACUAACUUUCCGGGCAUUUUUGCAGCUGGUGAUGCUGUAGCAUUUCCACUGGCCUUGCGGAAUAACAAGAAGGUGAACAUCCCUCAUUGGCAGAUGGCCCAUAUGCAGGGUCGCAUAGCAGCUCUAAACAUGUUGGCUCAUGGGACAGAAAUCAGCACAGUCCCCUAUCUGUGGACAGCAAUGUUUGGCAAAAGCAUCCGCUAUACAGGCCAUGGAGAAGGAUUUGAUGAUGUGAUCAUUCAAGGAGACUUAGAUGAACUGAAAUUUGUGGCUUUUUACACCAAGAAUGAUGAGGUGAUUGCUGUGGCAAGUAUGAACUACGACCCGAUUGUCUCCAAGGUUGCUGAUGUCAUGGGAGCCGGGAGAGCCAUCAGGAAAAGAGAUGUGGAAACUGGAGACAUGUCCUGGUUAACAGGGAAAGGCUCAUAAUGACCCUGGGAUAUGUUGGAUCUCUGCAGACUCCACAGUUGCCAGUGGGGAGAUGCAUGCCAUGCACCCUUCCAUGACUUCGAUGAAUCCGGCAUCUUCCUGUGAACCUGUCCCUGAGCUGUCUUCCUUCUGCAUCCCCCUCAAAGGUCCACUUCUAGGAGUAUUCUCGACCAGAUGAACCUGCACUUUAGUAGCCACAGACUGGCUUUAAAAGGUCUUGUAAAGCCAACCAAAGGGAUAGAUGGUCCCUCCAGUGUAACAGACUUGUCAUGGCCAAGCUGAACAUAACACUGUCCAAUGUGUCCUUUGGUAAGCUCUUCAUUAAUUCAGCAGAGCAGUGUGGAAGAGGAGUAAAUAUGGGUGAUUGGAACAUUCCAGUGAUUAGUGUAGAGAACAGGUGCCAGAAAGGAGGAGACCCCCCCACGAUCCCAUCGUUCCUUCUCUGAAUUCCAUUCCUAUUACGGUUCCAUCGCCAAGUGCUUGCAUGCUUUUCCUGCAGUCACGGCAGCAGGGGACUUGAUUAGGCCCUCCUGCUAGCCAGAGGCAAAAAACCUGGAAGGUGCUUCGGAUCCAUCAGCAGCAGAGGAGGUGAGAGGUCAAGCUUAAUUUCAUGAACAAUUGGGCCUUUCUUGCAGCAGCAAUGGCAGCUUCGACUGACAUGGCAUGAGAGAAACAGUCACUCAGUUGGCAUCUGUGCUGCACCUCACGCUUCCUUCUCCUGGCCCUCCCAUCUUGCCUACCUGCUCACCCUGUAUGGGUGCUGUGUAUAUGCUGCAAUACUGCAUGAGAAGCAUGGAACGUGGACACAGAACCCAGCUUUUUGAGCAUUUCUUUUUUAAAAAACACACAUUUUUAGCCCUUAUGAUGAUGCAGAUGUGCUUGAUAAGGUGUGGGCAAUGUCUUUUGGAAUCUCAGAUGCCUGGUGGAGCAGGGCUGAAUAACGUCAUUAGUUGGAGGUAGGAAUACAACUUCCUUGUCAUUCCCCAAAUAAACUAGGCCAUCAAUGAGAAAUAUGCUUAAUUGGCAUAAGUUUACACACGUCAUAGAGUUGUUUGACUUGAUAUAGAAUUUGGGUAUUUUUUCCUCCAGCCCACACAGCUCUGCCUAUCAAAUGGCAUGUCUUCUAAACGCUAUGCCUCUCCGAAUAAUCAACCUUUAUUGUUCCCAAGUAUCUAUAUCCUUGGCAAUCAGUACCACGUGUGAGGCUAUGAGACCCAGCAGAUUCUUUUUCCAAGAGGAAAUGGGAGACCCAUAUGAUCCUCAUGGAUUGCAGUUGGCACUAUCUGUGGCUUCCGCAGUAAGGUGGGUUCUGUGCCAUGUUGGGGCCCCAGAGAUUUCUUUUCCAAGAAGCAGAUGCUGAACUGUCUCUGCAAACAGGAUUAGGCCAUAUCAGUGCUGUUAAUCUUUCAUGUAUUGACUUAACUAGGUUUCCACCAUUACCUUGACCAGCUCUAGGACAUGAACCCAAACUUCAGUAGGCAGAAAUCUGACACUUCAUCUUCAUGCUGUUGAAUUUCUGCUUUUCACACAACUGUGAGAGGCACAAAGAAAUGGGAACUCUCUUUGCCCACCCUGCAUCUCACCUGCCUACACAACUUUACCAGGUCAAUCUGAAAUGCCACUCGCUUAUAUCCAACUGCCUGCAAGAUUAGCUGUCUUACAAUGG